AUGAUACUGGCCUUUGGUUGUACAAGAUCUCCACUAGGUGUGGUUUUCUUGAUAAUCUCGCUGGCCAUUCAGAGAAUUCAUGCUCUUCAAUUAGAUCUCGAUAACCCACAGUCAAUUAAAGAUGCGGCGAAAAUCAUUGUCGAAGGGCUAGUUAAGCACUAUCCAGGAACCCAACCUGGUCAGGUACCGGGGUUGUUGCCUAAACCCCCAUACUACUGGUGGUUAUCAGGCGCCAUGUUUGGUAGCCUUAUUGACUACUGGCACUUCACGGGCGACACCCAAUAUAAUAACAUGACCAUGGAAGCCAUGCUUUUUCAAGUUGGGGAAGACAACAACUAUAUGCCUAGAAACCAAACAUUAGGUCUUGGAAAUGAUGAUCAAUGCUUCUGGGCGCUCACUGCCAUGACUGCUGCUGAAUCUAAAUUCCCAAACCCCCCUAGUGAUAAACCACAGUGGCUAGCACUUGUUCAAGCAGUGCUAAACUCCCAAAUACCUCGGUGGGAUGACAAGACUUGUGGUGGUGGACUUAGGUGGCAGGCCUACUCAUUCAACAAGGGUUAUGACUACAAAAACUCCAUUACCAAUGGUUGUUUUACCAAUAUUGCUGCUCGCCUUGCACUCUACACGAAAAACAAUACCUAUGCUGAGCUGGCAGAAAAGCACUGGAACUGGUUGGAUUCAGCUGGCCUGAUUAGUAACUCAUAUCAGGUUUUUGAUGGCACCUGGGUGACAAACUGCUCCAGAUUCGACCACAUACAAUGGUCAUACAAUAGUGGCGUAGUCUUGGCCGCUGCUGCCGCAAUGUAUAAUUUCACAGGAAGUGAUGUUUGGAAAAAGCGUGUGGAGGGGCUUAUCAAGGGCGGUGAUAUCUUUUUCCCAAAUGGCGUGAUGGCCGAAGUAGCAUGCGAGAGCAAUGGAAAGUGCAACAGUGACCAGCGUUCUUUCAAGGCGUAUUUGGCCCGAUGGAUGGCUUACACGAUCAAGCUCGCCCCCUUCACGCGCGAGACCUUGUUACAGAGGCUGAGAACGUCUGCCAAGGCCGCGGCAGCGCAAUGCAACGGGCCUGGCAAUGUGUGUGGGAUCCGCUGGACUGAAGGAACGUACGAUGGCCAGCCGGGCGUUGGCCAGCAAAUGUCUGCUCUGGAGGUCAUCCAGUCGAACCUCAUUGAUCAUGUGGCCGGGCCUGCGAACAACGCGACUGGUAUCAGCAAAGGCAAUCCGGGCGCGGGGACAGGCAAGCAGCGUGUUGUGAAGGUUAAUGCUAUUACUACGGCGGACAGGGUCGGGGCUGGGUUUCUAACGGCCGGCAUUCUUCUGGCGACCCUGGGCGCAGGUUGGUGGAUGAUCUCUUAG